AUGAAUGACGAGGAGGAGAAGCAGGCCAUGGCGCAGCGCAUCAAAGAAUUGGAAAAUGAGCUGGCGGUGCUCCGUGAGGCCAGCCCGGACUCUGAAACUCCAUCCACUUGCACCGGAGGAACAAGUGGCGCAUCUGCUCUCCCAAUGAGGCAGGCUCCUGUCAUAUAUGUGCAGCAAGACCGAAAGCUGCCCUUGUUUUCGGGGAAACUUGAUGGUAAUGAAUCAUUGACUCUAGACGAGUGGAUAGAACAAAUAAGACUCUUUGCCCAAACCAGAGGAGCCACGGAAAAGGAGCGUCCACAAAUUGUGUUUGAUCAUCUGUAG